AUGGCUGCGUCUCGUGUCCGCCUGUUCGGUGCUGAGUCCCCGAGGAGCACAUUGCUGCAGAGGAGGUUAUGCGCUACAGAGGAAGACAGUGGUGCAGAGGAGCACAGUGAUGUAGAAGAGGGCAGUGGUGCAGAGGAGUACAGUAAUGUAGAAGAGGGCAGUGGUGCAGAGGAGCACACUGGUGCAGAGGAUAAGAGGGGCGCGGAGGAGCACAGUGGUGCAGAGGUUGUGUGGUGCAGGGGAGGUUGCGGGGUGCAGAGGAAGGCAGCGGUGCAGAGGAGCAGAGUGCCGUGCGCAGCGCUCUGGUCCCGUCAUGCAUCGCACCGAGUGGAGGGCCCGCUGAGGAAAUACACCAACCUGCUCCACGGAUGGCAGAGCCGGUUCUUUGUGCUGGAUCCAGACUCGGGACAGUUAUGGUACUACCUCAGCGCUGCCACCAGAGGUCAGCAGGCUCCACGGGGGGCUCUGUGUGUGGAGGGGGCCAUCGUCUGGUCCAGUCCAGACCAUCCCUUUAUGUUCACGGUGCAGUCGAGUGCUGGCGAGGUCUACAAGCUCCGAGCAAGAGACGCCCAAGAACAAGAACUCUGGAUGACACAACUUCAACUGUGCUCCAGACACAACCAGGAGCUGAGUCCAGGAGAGAAACGCCCACAGACACUGGAGCCUCACCCCAGACAAGGGCCCCUUUCUGGGGACGAGGAUCUGUUCUUCUUCAAAACCCCCUCAUCUCUGAGCUGCUUGGGCCAGUGUCUCAGUCUGUUCCACCAAAACCUUCAUCGAACCCCCAGCCACAACCAUGUCCAGAGCCCCAGCCUCGAGCCAAUCUCACCCCCAGACAGAGCGCCGUCCCUGGCUCAGCCGACACCUAGCGUACCCCUCAACCACGUGGAGCCUGGAGGUUUGGUCCAAGCCAAUCACAGCCCACCGCAUAAACCAGGAAGUGUCCUCAGCUACCACCAAAACCAGGCUCUCAUAAGAGCAGAUACCCCUGACUCCUCUCAACCUCUUUCUGAAAAGCAGCAAAGAAACAGCACAGCGCCCCCUGUCUCCAACUCCAGGACGAGUAGGGCACCAGCACAGAGCACAGAGGACGUGAGCGAUGAGGCCACAGACACAGAGGACAACGCGGAAGAGGAGCUCGGAGUUUUAGACGAGCAGAGAAACAUCAUGAUCCACCUCCUGUCGCAGCUCAAAAUGGGCAUGGACCUCACCAGGGUGGUGCUGCCAACCUUCAUCCUGGAGAAGCGCUCUCUGCUGGAGAUGUAUGCUAACUUUCUGUCUCACCCAGACAUGUUUCUGAGCAUCACGUCAGGCCGGUCUGCUGAGGAGAGAAUGAUCCGAGUCCUGGAGUAUUACCUCACCUCAUUCCAUGAAGGACGCAAAGGAGCUGUGGCCAAAAAACCCUACAACCCCAUUCUGGGCGAGACCUUCCACUGCUCCUGGACCGUGCCCCGAGUCCGGCGUCCAGCCUCCGCCCCGGGGCAGAGCAUCGGGGGGAGUGGCUUCGCGCAGAACGCCAGGAGCCGGGCAGAAGACUGUCACCGUCUGCGCUUCGUGGCUGAACAGGUUUCGCACCAUCCUCCAGUGUCUGCAUUUUACUGCGAGUGUCCAGAGAAGCGCAUGUGUCUGAACGCACACAUCUGGACCAAGAGCAAGUUCAUGGGCGUGUCUGUGGGCGUGUCCAUGGUCGGAGAAGGGGUGCUGUACCUGCUCGAGCACGGGGAGCAGUACGUCUUCACGUUGCCCUGUGCAUACGCCCGCUCCAUCCUCACGGUGCCUUGGGUGGAGCUCGGGGGCAAAGUCUCCAUCAGCUGUGCCCAGAGCGGCUACUCCUCCUCGGUCACUUUUCAUACCAAACCCUUCUACGGAGGCAAAGUGCACAGAGUGACCGCAGAGGUGAGACACAACCACACGGGGGCGGUAGUGUGCCGGGCUCAGGGCGAGUGGAACGGUGUGUUAGAAUUCACCUACAGCAGCGGAGAGACCAAACUCAUGGACACACACAGACUUCCAGUGACCAGGAAACGGAUGAGACACGUGGAGAAGCAAGGCCCCCUGGAGUCACGGCGUUUGUGGCAGCAUGUGACCGAGGCUCUGAAGGCAGGAAACAUGGAUGAGGCCACAGAAAACAAGCACCACCUAGAGGAGAGACAGAGGAAUGAUGAGAGACAGCGAGCAGCCUCAAAAACGCCCUGGACCCCCAAACACUUCACCAAACAGGGCGAUGGCUGGACCUACAGCAGGCCUCUGUGGGAGACUCACUGACCAAGAUGCAGCUCAUUGUUCAAGGACUAACCACAAAAAAUAGAACUGGGCAAGAUCCAAGCCAGUACCAGG